UGGCUACUCACUAGCACCGUGGAUGCCCCCACGUCCCAGGGCUCCAUCAAGGGCAUCAAGGGCAGUGGGGGAGAUGGGGCAGAGGAGCACACAAAGGGCCUCCCAGUGUCCUGGCCUCUGGCUAACAUUGUGUGACCCUAGGACAGCUUUCUCUCUCUGAAUCUCCGCCCACCUGCUGGCUCCCACCCACAGCCCAGUGGUGAAAGGCGCUGAGUAGGCACGAAGUGCCCCUCGCUUCCUGGACACCAGCAUGGAUGGGCAGCAGGUUCCCUGAGACUGAGCCGACCGCUUCCUGCAGACCCACCUCGAGGCUUGUGUUCUUCUCCUGACUCCCAUGGGGACGUGUUGGUGGGGCCACCCCCCUGUGUGUUCCACACCUCCAGUGUCCCUGACCUGAGUCCUCUUAGAGAGGCACAGGAACCGGUCUGAGUUGUUGGCUGCCUCUGCAGGGGAUGGUGGAGGCUUAACUUGAAGACGACGUCAACAUCACCAGCAGUGUGUGGAGUCACUUGCUGCGGCUGAGCCUGUCCCACGGCCAAGAUGAUCCUGACGCUGCUGCUCGGUCUCGGGGGGCCCCUAGGCUGGGGGCUGCUGGGGGCCUGCGCCAAGGCUUCAGGUAGCAGGCUCUCUGAUCCACAUAGCCCAAGGCCGCCUGCGGUCUGGAGGGCAGAGGCUGAGGAUAUCGGCGGGGACCCCAUCAGACGUAACUGGUGCCCUUACCAGAAGUCUAGGCUGGUCACCUUUGUAGCUGCUUGCAAAACAGAGAAAUUCCUUGUCCACUCGCAGCAGCCAUGUCCACAGGAGACUCCGGACUGCCAGAAAGUCAAAGUCAUGUACCGCAUGAUACACAAGCCGGUGUACAAGGUCAAGCAGAAGGUUCUGGCUUCCGUGGCCUGGAAGUGCUGCCCAGGCUUUUCAGGCCCUGACUGCCGACACUACGAUCCCACGGCAAUCCUUGAGCCCGAAGAUCCAGGGGAUGGCCUCCAGGAGUCUUGGGAUGGGCCAGUCGGCUUUGAACCAGGCCACCUGGCUGCAGAGAUCAGCGACACCAUGGUACCACAGGAGGAUCUCCAGAACGAUAUUCACCAGGUGGCAGACAGCCUCCCAGGCCUGUGGAAGGCGCUGGAAAGCAACGUCACAGCUGCGACCAUGGAGGCAAAUCAGACAGAGCCUGUGUUUCCUGGCAGAUCCCUGGAGCAGGUGCUACUGCCCCACAUGGACGCCUUCCUGCGAGUGCAUUUCAGCCCCAUUUGGAGCAGCUUCAACCAAAGCCUGCACAGCCUCUCCCAGGCCGUAAGAAACCUCUCUCUUGACGUGGAGGCCAACCAGCAGGCCAUCCGGGGGGUCCAGGAGAGCACCGUGGCCAGAGCUGACUUCCAGGAGCUUGGUGCCAAAUUUGAGACCAAGGUGCAGGACAACGCCCAGAGAGUGGGACAGCUGCGGCAGGACGUGGAGGAGCGCAUGCACGCCCAGCACCUCUCCCUGCAGCAGUCCGUCUCCGAGGUACACGCAGAUGUGGACGCCAAGUUGAAGAGGUUCCUUAAGGCCCAGGGGCCCGUGGGGGCCAACGGCAGCCUGGUCCCCGCGGCGGCGGGGGCAGCGGCAAGGCCGGAGCCCGAGAGCCUGCAGGCCAGGCUGGGCCAGCUGCAGAGGAACCUCUCAGCGCUGCACGCGGCCGCCGGCCGCAGGGAAGAGGAGUUGCGGGGCAUCCUGGCGGACAUGCAGGCCACCCUGGCGCAGCACGUGGAGGAGAUCAAGGAGCUGUACUCGGAAUCCGAUGAGACCUUCGAUCAGAUCAGCCAGGUGGAGCACAAGCUGUUGGAGCUGCAGGUGAACCACACGGCGCUGCGUGAGCUGCGGGUGAUCCUGAUGGAGAAGUCGCUGAUCAUGGAGGAGAACAAGGAGGAGAUGGAGCGGCAGCUCCUGGAGCUCAACCUCACCAUCCAGCACCUGCACGGCACCAACGCCGACCUCAUCAAGUACGUCAAGGACUGCGACUGCCAGAAGCUCUACUUGGACCUGAACGCCACACGGGCCCUGGAGGAGGCGCAGGUGGGCCCGGACGAGCGGCGCCGGCUCGAGGGCUCGUCCCUGCAGGCCCUGAGCGACGCCGUGGCCGCCCUGUCGCGGGCGGUGGACGAGCGGCGGGCGGAGGGCGAGCGGGCGCGGGUCGACGGGGCGCGGCUGCGGAGCCAGCUGCGGGCGCUGGACGGCGAGGCGAGCGCGCUGCGGGAGGCGCACGGGGAGAUGCGGCGCGAACUCGGCCAGCUGCACGGCUACUUCAAGGCCCUGCUGGACGACGCGCUGCGGCACGAGGCCGUGCUGGCCGCCCUUUUCGGAGAGGAGGUGAUGGAGGAGAUGUCCGAGCAGGCGCCCGGCCCGCUGCCGCUGCGCUACGAGCAGAUCCGCGUCGGCCUGCAGGACGCCGCCAGCGGGCUGCAGGAGCAGGCGCUCGCCUGGGACGCGCUGGCCGCCCGCGUGGCGGCCCUGGAGGCGGCGGCAGAGGCGGCGGGAGGCCGCGAUGCGUCGCCGGGGGAGGCCGGCGGGCGGGUCCCCGCCGGGCUGGCGCAGGAGCUGGAGCGCCUGGACGCCGACCUCCAGAGGGUGGGCCGUUGCUGCGAGGCCUCCGGGGUCUCCUCCCUCAACAGCUCCCUGGAGGGCCUGCAGGAGGCGCUGUCCGCCACCCAGCGCGACUUGGAGCAGCACCAGCGCCUCUUCCACAGCCUCUUCGGAAACUUCCAAGGGCUUUUGGCAGUCAACGUCAGCCUGGACCUGGGGAAGCUGCAGGCCAUGCUGAGCAAGAAAGGGAAGAAGCGGCAGAAAGGUCUGGAAGCUUCCCGGAGGAGAGACAGGAAGGAAGCAGAGCCCAGGGCGGAUGCACAUAUCAAAGGGCCUGUGCUUUGGGAAGCAGGCUCCCCUGUGGCCUUCUAUGCCAGCUUUUCAGAAGGGACGACUGCCCUGCAGACAGUGAAGUUCAACACUACCUAUGUCAACAUUGGCAGCAGCUACUUCCCCGAACACGGCUACUUCCGAGCCCCCGAGCGCGGGGUCUACCUGUUUGCAGUGAGCAUUGAAUUUGGCCCCGGGCCAGGUACAGGGCAGCUGGUGUUUGGAGGUCACCAUCAGACCCCUGUCGGUUCCACUGAGGAGCGGAAGGGCGGAAGCACGGCAACAACCUUUGCCAUGGCCGAGCUGCAAAAAGGCGAGAGAGUGUGGUUUGAGUUAACCCAGGGAUCCGUAGUAAAGAGACACCCGCCAGGCACGACAUUCGGGGGAUUCCUUAUGUUCAAGACCUGAACACUGGACACGGCCCCGACCAGACGUUGCGGACUCGCCCAGCUCUCCUUGGCCUGGAGCCCUGGCCAGGGGUGGUCUGGAGACCAUCCAGCCGGUCCAGUUCUUCCUGGAAAACUUCUGCAAAGACAAUGUGGUGUGUGUGGCCUCCCUCUAGAUGCGCUGGGUUUCGCUAUUUCUUACUGACGAGAAGCACCGGAAUACUCCUCUCUGGGCAGAACCCGGCCUGGGACGGGUGAACGUUAGCUUGGCGCGCCUUCUGAGGCGGCAUGGCUUGGACUCCGGCUCUCUGCCACACCCUGUGUUUUACGGCAUCUUUGGUGUGCUGCUCCUCCUGGGGUUGGAAACUUGAAACCUUUCUCCCACUUCUUCUCCCUGACCUUAUGCCAGAAAAGCGUUCUUUCCCGGAAGGAACGUUCCACACAGAGGUGACAUUUUGGACAAUGUUGGAAACCGGUCUCUACCCACUACAGGGCAGUAGGAGAAAACCAACCUGUUUGGCCUUUACUAGCAACAGGGACAGAGGCCUCAUUGAGUGACCAAAGGAACAAAAUUAUUAUCUUCUCUUUGGUUUUAGUCCUUCUUUGAACUUAUCUGUAGCCUUAAUUUCACUUCUUUUUCUCCUUGCCGCCAGAAGAUAAAGGCCAAGCAUGCCAAACAUGAACUAAAAUGUGUACAGCCUUUACCUUUUUUUUUUUUCCCCCACUUCCUCCACUAGCUAAUGAGCGCCCUCAUUCUUAUUAGCAUCUCUCACCGGGAAGGAGGCUGAGGGAGGAAGUGAAGGAAGAUGGUCAAAAUCUUCCUCAAUAAUGAUCAGCUCUGGAAUAAAGCAAUGCCUUUCAA